CCCCCGCGCUCCGGCUCCCGCAUCCCUCCAUCUAAGCCUGUGCCGCAGCCGCAUCGCCACCGCAGCCCCGGCAGAGCUGAGCCCGGCCCAGGACCCUGCCCCUGCCCUGCCCUCGGCCCGCCGCUCCCGUUCCGUCUCCGCCCGCGGGCCCCUACCCCUGGUUCCGGCGUCUCCUCCGGCGCCCCCAGACCCCGGCCUCCAGCGCCAAAGCAGAAGGCGGGGAGCAACAGCAGAGGCAGGAGGACGAGGAGAAGGAGGAGGAGGAGGAGCCGUCGCAGGAUGAAGGAUCGGACUCAGGAGCUGCGGAGUGCAAAAGACAGUGAUGAUGAGGAAGAGGUGGUUCAUGUGGAUAGGGACCACUUUAUGGAUGAGUUCUUUGAACAGGUGGAAGAGAUCCGGGGCUGCAUCGAGAAGCUGUCAGAGGAUGUAGAGCAAGUGAAAAAACAGCAUAGUGCCAUCCUGGCCGCCCCCAACCCAGAUGAGAAGACCAAACAGGAGCUGGAGGACCUCACUGCAGACAUCAAGAAGACAGCCAACAAGGUUCGGUCCAAAUUGAAAGCCAUUGAGCAAAGCAUUGAACAGGAGGAGGGGCUGAACCGUUCCUCUGCGGACCUGCGCAUCCGCAAGACCCAGCACUCCACCCUCUCCCGGAAAUUUGUGGAAGUAAUGACCGAAUAUAACGCGACUCAGUCCAAGUACCGAGACCGCUGCAAGGACCGGAUCCAGCGGCAGCUGGAGAUCACUGGAAGGACCACGACCAAUGAAGAACUAGAAGACAUGCUGGAGAGCGGGAAGUUGGCUAUCUUCACUGAUGAUAUCAAAAUGGACUCACAGAUGACGAAGCAGGCACUGAAUGAAAUUGAGACGAGGCACAACGAGAUUAUCAAACUGGAAACCAGCAUCCGAGAGUUGCAUGACAUGUUUGUGGACAUGGCCAUGCUCGUGGAAAGCCAGGGUGAGAUGAUUGACCGCAUUGAGUACAACGUGGAACAUUCUGUGGACUAUGUGGAGCGAGCUGUGUCCGACACCAAGAAAGCUGUGAAAUACCAGAGCAAGGCCCGGAGGAAGAAAAUCAUGAUCAUCAUUUGCUGUGUGGUGCUGGGGGUGGUCUUGGCGUCAUCCAUUGGGGGGACGCUGGGCUUGUAGGCCCCCCCACCCCUAUCUUUCCCAGACCCUUUCCCCACCACAUUGGGAGCAAUACCCCCAUCACACCUUCCACUCCAUCCCCUGCUCCAGGCUCAGCCUCAAGACAGAUCCAGGCAGCCCCCUUUUAGCCCCCUCAUCAACCCCGGAGUCCCUGGACCUCGCUGUGCCAUGGACCACCCCCCUGCACAUAGAUAGCAGCAGGCGUGAUUACACAUGCACACCAACAUGCAUGCCGCCAGCACGUGACCGAGACGUGUGGACACCCCAGCAUGUAUGUGUGUACAUGUGUAGAUGUGUGUAAAAGCACCGAGUCACCCUUCUUGCCUUCCACCUCAAGUCUGUUUGUGGUCUGAGCUUCUCUCCUUCACAUGGGUGUGGUGCAGCCCACCCAGCCCCACUCUGUCCUCUGUGAAUAGGUGUGCAUAUGUGUAUGUGGCCACAGAUAUGAAGACACACGAUUUGUGUACAUGGAAUUUUGUGUUUGUUCAAAUCCCAUUCAACAGCAUUUCUUCCACUAGCACCCUCUCCCCCCUGUCACUGCAGAUGGGGUGGGUUGUGUGUGAACAGAUGCCCACACUCACAUUCCCAGAGGAUCCAGGUGGGCCCAAAUACACAUAGGCUGUGGCAGACAUUCAGGCACAAUGUAGAGCAAACCCUACUAGGUUAAAUUACCCCAGGGGCUAGCACGUGUCCCUGGAAGUGUGUGUGUGUGUGUGCACACUCAAGUGUGCUGAGCCCAUGCAGUUCAGCCAAGGCGAAUGAAAACAUUCAUGUGUAAAUAACCUAGCUCGCCUGUAUAUACAUGUGCAUUUCCCCCAGCAGGUGAUGUGAAGAACGUGUGUGUGUGUGUGUGUGUUUCAAGGAUGUGCCUGAAGUGUUAGUAGGUCUUCUCCUCAGACAGAGCCCUCCACAUUGUGCACUGGACACCUGGUUUGGGUGGGUGCAGAACCCUAUAUAUAUUUCAAUGCUGUCUAGAAUAUGUCUGUGCGAACGUGUGUGUGUGUGUGCCUGUAUGUAUAGAGGCUUUCUACAUAGUGUGUUUCUUCCUCUGUGUUUUAUACACACACAUUUAUCUUUUAAGGGUGGGUGCCCCAUCCAGGUUUGUUUAUUCAGAUAUUUUGCCUCUCCCGCACUUCCGAGAGCUGCUGACCAAUAUCUGGUGUGGCCACACACCACUCCAUCCACACUGUACAACUGGAGCUUCCUGCCCUGUCAGGUCUUAGAGCCCCUGUGCACACAUACCCAGUUGUUGAUCUUUCUCUGUGUCUUUGCCAGAGGCUAUGCCUGCACCGGUGAAGUGCUCACAUACGCCAUGGCUGAGCUGGCCUUGUGCAGGGGCAACUCCCAGGCACACACACAAACACUGGAGCAAGUGCCUGCUAACACGGCAUGGGGCCCAUACAAGGCCCUGCACCCAUUUGCAAAGAAUGCUGUCUAGAAGGGCCAUUUGUGUGAGAUGUUACUGAGGAGGCCAAUGUCUAGUGCUGCCCCAGACAGACUGGAAAUGUGCAUUCCUGCCUUCCACAUACUUACCUCAGAACCGAAAGAGGCCAGUUUGUCCCCACCACCCCAUUUGAUGCUCUGGGUUCUCCUCAGGGACCUUGGGCUUCGGGAACUGUUUGUUUCAGACAUACUAGAAUGGCAAGUGUGGCAGCAUCCACUCAGGUUGGGCUAAGUCCAGGGACCUGUGUCCUGGACACAUCCACUGGCCCAGGGUGAGGCUGAGGGUAGAGAACAGGCCUGGGUUUCUCAUGGUAAGGAAGGGCUAGCUCUUCCCUCAUUAUGUAGACAACACGUGCAUGGUGGCUCUGUGUGCUUGGUGGCAGGUGGGAGGUACAUGGGCAAAGGGCAGUGUUAGAAGCACUCCUCCGCCACUCCACGGCCCAGGAACAUAUGCAGGACUGAAACACACAAGCACAAGAAUGCACUGUGCCCUGGGGUUGUGAGUACAUGUCCGUGGGGUGGAGGAUGGAGGACUCAUGCAUGUGUGUGCAGAUCAUUUCCCAGGGUCCCACUUCAUGUGAAGCGUGUGAGGGAGAGAGAGAGAGAUGGUGCAGAUUGUGACUUCUGGAACACGAUACCCCUUCCCCACCACACCCCAGCUUAGAUAGCCAACCUCUUCCCUACCUGGCUAUUUGGGUCCUGCCUAUGUGAGGCCAGUAUAUGUAACCCCCCCGUGUGGGCUGAGGAGGGGAGCCUGCCUUUCUGUUCUCAGAAUGUCCUUCUGCAGGAUAGGAGGUUUGCCCCCGUGCCUGGCUAUAGCCCUUCUGCUCCCACCUCAGGCAUCCCUAGGGGUGUCAGAGCAGGCCCCAGCACCCCAAUCCCACCCUUUUUCCUCCCUGCUGCUCAGCCACGAUCACUCUUCAGCCCAGGUGUUUCCGGAAUUCCCACAGCCUUGGGGCCACAAGAAGGGUGGAGGCAUGGCUGGAGUGAUGAUAUUGCUUCCUUGUGUUACUGCAUCAGCCCUGUAGUUUCCCAUCUCCAGGCCUCAGUUGGACUGGAAGAUCCUCAAGGGUCUGCUAUGCCCCAGUGCCCCAGCUUCUACAAGUCCCACACAUUAUAUGAUGUGUUUGCUUGUUGGCUGCUGUGUCUGUAUGUGUCCUGGAGUGUUAUCUGGGGGCUGGUGUCUUCUGCAUGUUCUCAAGACAAAUGUGUGCUGCCCACCAUCAAUGUACCUACAACCAUCAAGCCCAUGUGUGCCCCAUGGGUGGUCCCAGGCCUGGCCAGGGCUCACUGCUUCCCCCCCUUCUCCCUAGCCCUGCCUCUUACGAAGCACACUGUAUGUCUAUUCCAUGUGCCUGUGGGUCGAUGCACACUCUUGCCAUGCCUUGAGCGUGUGUACAUGAUGUGUUUUAUGCAUUCACCCUUCCCCACCAGUCUGCCCCGCAGAAGAUGAGACACGUGGCCCCUGGCUCCGUUCUCCCCAACCCGUUCCCCUGCCUGCUGUGCAGCUGUGUGCAUUGGCGUGUGUUUCUGUGUCGCUGGUGUGUCACGUAAUGUAGGUGUGUUUGCUGACAUGACCCCCCACCCCUUCUGUUUCUUUGUUGGUUUCUAGAGCUCUUUCCCUCUCCCCUGGAAGGGGCCAGGACUCCUGGGGCCUGGCUGGGGGCCCAGAGCCAGGCCACCCUCUCUUGUUAGUCCUCAGAAUCCCAUUUCUCUCUCUUGGUGACCAAGUUGCAAACAGAUAAAACACAGGAAAAUUCUGCCCCCUCCCAGCCCUGCAUGUCCUGUCCCCGGAGCCCCCAACCCCCACCCCCGGGCCGAGUUGGGCCCUGUGGGAUGGGAGAAAUAGCAACCAAUCCAACAGCGGG